CCUGAAAGUAGAAAACCCAUGAACACAAAGUCACAAUUCAUAAAGCAUCAAAGAACUCGCAAAAUAGAUAAACCUCAUGUAUGCAGUGAAUGUGGGAAAGCCUUCAUCAACAACUAUCGCCUCAUUGUUCAUCAGAGAGUUCACACGGGUGAGAAACCUUAUGGUUGCAAUGUUUGUGGGAAAGCCUUUGCCAGGAAGUCCAAGCUCACUGAACAUCAGAAAACUUAUAAAACUCAUACUGGAGAGAAACCGUACAUAUGCAGUGAUUGUGGGAAGGGCUUCAUCAAGAAGGACAAACUCAUUGUACAUCAGCGAACUCAUACUGGAGAGAAGCCUUAUAUAUGCAAUGAGUGUGGAAAAGGCUUCAUUCAGAAGUGCAGCCUUCUUAUACAUCAGCGAACUCAUACUGGAGAGAAACCCUAUGUGUGCAAUGAUUGUGGGAAACGCUUCAGCCAGAAGACAUGCCUCAUAGCUCAUCAGAGAUUUCACACGGGAAAGACUCCCUUUGUUUGCACUGAGUGUGGGAAAUCCUAUUCAUACAAGGCAGAUCUCAUCAGCCAUCAGAGAAUCCACACAGGUGAGAAGCCCUACUUAUGCAGUGACUGUGGGAUAGCUUUUAGAGAUAAGUCAUACCUCAGAAGGCAUCGGAGAACUCACACUGGAGAGAGACCUUAUGGAUGCACUGACUGUGGAAAAGCUUUCUCCUACUUGUCAAGCUUUGUUCAUCACAAACAGAUACUGCAUGCAAGAGAGAAACAUGGUUCAGUCAAGGUGGAGAAUUCUUUCUCAAAGACUCAUACCUCCUCAUGUACACGUGAUCUCAUUCAGGUGAGAAACCCUGUUAGUACAACAACCGGGCAGAUGGCUUCUAUAGUAACUCAGACAUCAGUAAACACCAGUGGGCUCCUAGCAGAUAGGAAUGCAGCCCUUGUGGGACAGCCAGUUGCCAGAUGGGCAUCUAUAGCAGAUACUACUGUGUCACAGGAGAGAAACCUUGUAAAUGCAGUGACUUUGGUGGUACCUUUAGUGAUCAGUUACAUCACAUUUUAUGUCAUAACAAACACACGGGAAUAA